AUGCCUGUCGAUUACUACUCUUACUCCGAUGAUUCGGACAUGUCCGAGACAGAUGUCUCCAUCCGUGGUCGUGACAAGCGCACCCAUAUCCGCCGUCGCUCCGUCUCCCGCCACCAGCAGCGACGCCAGGAACCUCCCAAGCCGGUAUUCCUGGCUCCAGCAGCGCAAACCCGGGUAUACCGAUCCGCAUCAACGGGUGGAAACCGUCCUCGUGAGCGAGACACUCCACCACAAGUGAUAAUCUACAACGACCAAGUAACCCGCGCACGCAUGCACGCAAACAAUGAUAACGAAAACGACAACGACGCCGCAAACGCCAACUCCAAUAAACCACGGAACCGCUUCUCCCAGCGCUCCCAAGCUCAAGCUCAAGCCUACGAGCCCGAGUCCGAGGAAGAGGAGGCACCUCGGGCGCGCAAGCGCAGUUCUCACCAUCAGCGCGAGCGCGCUAGUAGUGGGAUCUCAGCUAAUGUUAACGUUGGCACUGUACCCGCUGAGGCUCGAGCUCCAUCACCAUAUCACCAUGAACACCAUGAUCACCGGGACUAUGAACUGCUUAUGGGUCAGCGGUUCCUAGAGCGCAGUGAUAUUCGUCGCGAUAUGGAGAUGUGGAAGUUGCAGCAAGAAGUUGAGCGAUUGCAACGCGAGCAGGAUAAGCAGGAUAAGCGCCUGCGGCGCCCCCCACCACCACCACCACAACGAGAAUCGCGACACCAUCGUGAUGAGGAAGAUGAGUGGUAUGAUGAUGAGGUGCAUGAUCGCUUGCGCCGAUUGGAUCGCUAUGAGCGUAAGGCUAAGGAUGAGGAGGCGCAGAAGAAGGCUGAGAGAGCUAUGCGGUUGCGGAAGCUUGAAGAAGCGGAGAAAGAAGCUGCUGAGAAGGAAGAGGUUCGGGAGAAGUUGAGACUGGCGAAGUUGGCGGAGAUGGCUAGACAACUGGAGGAAGAUGAGGAGAAGGAGAGGAUUAAGAAGGAGAUUCUGGAAGAAGAGCGCCAGAGGAACUUUGAGGCGGCGGAGAAAAAGAAGAAGGAGGAUGCUCUCAGGGAGGCGGCGGUGGAGGAAUGGAAGUUGGAGCAGGAACGUCUUCGUCAGAAGCAGAUGGAGGAGAUGGUCGCGAGAGAUCGUCAAUUCCGAGAGAGACUACGAGUUGAUCUGGGUUACAGCGAAGAGGAGAUCGCUGAUAUCCUGAACAAGAAGAAACGGGAUGAAGAGAAGAAGCAGAAGAAAGAGAAGAAAGAGAAGGAAAAAGAGGAGAAGGAAAAAGAGGAGAAGGAGAAGGAGGAAAAGGAGAAGAAAGAGAAGGAGGAGAAGGAGAAGCUCGACUUUGAGGAGCGAAAGACUACUUGGAUCAAGGUCCACCGCAAGCAUCUCCUCCCUGAGACUUUACUCGCCUAUAAUCUGCCUUGGGACUGGGAUGAGCAUGACAGUAACUAUAUCAUUAUCAAGCGAUGGGUCACCGAGGACUUCCAGGAGGAACUCUUUGCUCAUACCAAGCGAAUUCGCGAAGGAAAGGUCCUUGCUGAGACAUCCCAUUCGUCCACCGAGCUCCGAGUCAACGAUCGAAAGGGUGAUCGCAUGUAUCUUGUGCGCAAGAAGAGUCCCCAGCACAAGUUGCGCAUCUUUGCUACAUAA